AUGCAAAAGAAAGCGUGUAUGUACAGGGAAUGUCCCAACUGUGAAAGCAAAGAACUGGAUUUUGAUCUCACUGAUAGAGGUAAACAAGUGUCGUGGACAGCAUGGAAAACAAAGAGGCAGGAGUGGGGAAAGAAAGUGAAUGGUGAGACUAAGGUGUCUGUGACCAACAUCACCGUUAAGGAACGUGAAUAUGGAACACUGGAAACCUUGGCAACUGAACUGAAUAACGACAUCCAAAGGGCGAGUCGUCACAUCUUCAACAUAACCCAUCAAUACAAAGCACUAAGGUUUUUAAAGAAUCAGCUUACAGACGAAGAAGUUAUGGUACAUAUUAACUUCUCCGAGAACUUUAACUGCAAAUAUUCUGAGGAAAUUCAGAGUAUGCGUUUUGAGGCGUCGCAAAGGCAAAUAACCCUGCAUACUGGGGUCGCCUAUACCAGGUCAAAGACUUACUCUUUUUGCACCAUGUCGGACAGCUUAAAACAUGCUCCGGCGGCAAUAUGGGCUCAUCUCCAGCCGGUCAUUCUUCACCUUAAAGAGUUAGAGCCUAAUGUCAAUGUCAUCCACUUUAUCAGCGACGGCCCAACUACGCAGUACAGGAACAAACAAAACUUUUACCUAUUUUCAAAUAGGAUUUUUCAACAUGGGUUUAGAGAAGGAACCUGGAACUUCUUAGAAGCAGGCCAUGGCAAAGGUGCGGCAGACGGUAUCGGUGCUGUCAUCAAGCGUACCGCAGACAAGCUGGUCAGUGUUCAAGGCAAAGACAUCGUGAAUGCUGAGGGACUCAUGGCGGAACUGGUCAAAGUGAACACCAGUGUGAAGCUGUUCCUGAUUUCAGAAGAAAUCGUCGAUUCAUUGGAAUCUGAGCUUCCAUCUGACUUACGGCCUCUUUCGAAGACAAUGCAGAUUCACCAGGUUGUAACAGUCCAUCCUGGAGAAGUGCGACACAGAGUUCUGUCCUGUUUCUGCAAAAAACCUACUGUAUGUGACUGCUUUGGACUAACUACUGCCACCUUCCCAGUUGAGAUCUCGCAGACAAGUGCAGACCAGCCAUCUGGUCCAACUGAGACGUCCGAUGAGCCAAACGAAGCCCCUGAACAACUAAAACUCAUCAAAGUUAAUGUUGUAGAUGAGAGUUUGGUUUCAAAGUACUGCGUUGUACAGUACGACGGUAGGCCAUAUCCAGGCGUUGUUUUGACAGUGGACGAUGAUGAGGAGAUGGAGGUCCAGGUUAUGCACUGUGUUGGCAAAAAUAGGUACUUUUGGCCAAUGAUUGACGACGCAGUAUGGUACAGGAAAGGAGAUGUCGUUACAUUGCUUCGGGAUCCCUCAAGACCGGUCACCAAGCGCCACUGUGAAACUGACAAACGUGUUUGGCGUCUCAUAGAAUCAGAAAUGGACCUGGACUGAUUUCUAGCAGUGCGAAUUCACUGAGAUUACCGCUGACGAUUUGUUCUACUCGAUAUCGUUUCAUCGAGUUUUGCUUUUUUCUUCAUUCAAAAUCAUUGUAUCCAGUUCGAGGGACUACGUAGACCUAUUGUUUCUUCAGAUCUAACGGAUUGAUGUCAUUUCCGUAAUUACUUAUCAUUACCGUAACUGAUUGUCAUUACCGUAAUGUGUGUUUAUUAUAACUCUAAAAUCGCACGAAACAACAAAAGACCAAAGACAAGGCCUGGGUGUUCGUUCAUUUGCGUUAUAUAAAAUAACCCAUUGUUGAAAUCUGAGGUUUGCCGUGAAUCGUGGUUUCCAAGAUUGAAUAUUGUAUCGUAAUUCCAUUAUACAAUCGGAUCUCAUGAAGCAUGCGCAGUUUUUUGCACAAUGGUGAUUGUAUUGGAGUGAUUUAUGCUUAUCGAGCUGUGCCUUUCUAGUUGGCAAACCAGUACCUUGUGUUAAAAAGAGAAAUAAACAAUGUGGAUAAUGUUAUAUGAAGUUUUGAUCUUAUUCAAUCAAUGUUACGGAAAUGACAAAACCAAAAAGAUGGCCAGACAAUAAUGCAAAAUUAUUUAAUUAUAACAUUGUUGACUCGCUGCAGGUCGUUUAGACUCGUUACACGUCAUAUCAGCAACCAUUCAACAUAACUGAAUAGCUCUCUUUGCACUUGUCGUGAAUUAACAAUAAUGGUGAGAUUUCCGCUAUUUUUUGGA